CAGAGGUGUCCUCCAGAUGUGAAACUUAAAACGCAAAACUAAACCUCUUUACUGUCCACACAUCAACUAUGCACACAGGUGUGUUCAUGGAGUCUCACCUGGGCAGGUUAGUCCCAUGUGUUCUGUCCCUAUACCUGUUCAUGCAACUGUGCCAGGCUGCACCAGGUCAACCCGGGACACAAAGGGAGGAAUCGUUUAAUGCCCGCCCCAAUGUAGUAGCACUAGCCAAUCCCUUUGGCUCUGGAGAGGAGGACCGCGGAUUGCGGCAAAGUUUCAUUCAAUCCAGUUUGAAGGAUGGCCAACAAGGACCAGAAAUCAGCACCUGGGAGCAAGAGGUGUUCUUCCUGUUUGGUCUAUACGACUAUGAUCGCAGUGGGCUCCUGGAUGGCUUGGAAAUGAUGAAGCUGCUUUCAGACUAUAACACCCAUCAUACACCUGGUGCACAGGCCAACGAGCUGGUGGUGUCUAUGGUGGAUUUUUUACUCCAGUCUCAGGAUCUAAACCAGGAUGGCCUGUUGGCCCCAUCUGAGCUGCUGUCGCCGUCUUUACCUCACACACAGGACUCCAGCAACAACAAUGCACCUCACCAGGAGCAGGAGGAGAAGGCAGGAGCAGCAGAGCAGAGAGAGGAGGCUCACCAGGAGCAGCAGCCUCAAGAUGAAGAGCAACCUCAACUGGAAGUAAAGACAGAAGAAGAGGAGCUCAUUAAACAAACACAUGAACAGCAAAUACCAGAAGCCCCAGAUGCAGAUCAACAGCAGGACCACGAUGCCCCUGUUCAUCAGGGACAGCCGGAGAUGUGAAACCAGCUCACAUGAUGGUUCACACAAUACCACUAAGGGGACUUCUUAAUUUUCCACCCCACAAAUAAUCUUCCUCUUGAUUUCUGAGACUAUACUGUCUAUUUAAUUUGACUGUUAAACACGCUGAUUAAUGAGAAGAUGAAUGUAUUCAAAGUAUUCCUGUCACUGUAUUUGAAAACUUUUCUACAACUAGUAACUAUUGGUUAUUAUUACAAAUGCGAAGAUUUCUUGAGCUGCAGAAGGGACAAAAGUCCUGAAUUCAAAAUGCAAUAUUAGUUAUAAAAAAUAAGCCAUCCUUAGAGGUGCAAUUUGUAAUUUCCAUGCACCCAGUCCAACUGAAUGGGGGCCAAUAUUUCACCCAUUCUCAGUGUUAAAACUGAGAUUCCUGUGGACUUUCCAGCAGGUUGGGUUUUUUCAUUUCAGUUAUUGUCAACACAAAAAACCUUUCAUGUUUUGCCAUUUAUUACAAGGAAACAUUAGAUAAAUACAAAUGCUGAAAUUCCCUUUGUGUGUGUUUGGUGCAUAUCAUGUGAAGGCUAAAUACAGCAGUAAUUGACAACAUAUAUAUAUAUAUAUAUACAUAUAUAUAUAUAUAUAUACAACAACAAAAGUGUGACUUCUUCCCACUCUGUUGAUAAAGUUAGUUCAUUUUUGGAAUGUUUUUAACUAAAAUUUUGCCCAGAUCUUACAAAUUGCACCUUUAAUACGAAUGAGUACUUUUAAAUAUUUUUUUUCCUUUUCCCAGCACAUAAAAAAGUAAAUCACCUAAAUCAUUUAAAUUUGUUUUUUUGCUUUUAUUGUAUUUAUUUGGCCUUUUUAUUAUUUUUCUGUGAAGAGGCUGUUGUUUCAUGUACACAUUGAUUGGUCUUUUUGUGUCUGACUGGCUGA